AAAAAGAGGAGCUGGAAUUAAAACUUCAGGAGCUUCUAAAUAAAAAUCUCCAACUGGAACUCUGAAAAGAGUAGGAAGAAAAGCUGAGCAGGAAAAGGAGCUCAGGUGAGCCUGGGCAGCAAGACAAGCUUGGAGAGAAUAAGAAUCUCAGCUCCAAGGUUAAAAAAUAGGCUGGAGAAAAUCCACAACUCCUAUGGGAAAAUAAUGACAAAGAAGAAUUUUAUAGUUUCCAACACUGAUUUUGUGAUGGAAAACGAUUUGUUGAGAAAAUUAAGAGAAAACAUGAAACGUGUUCUUACUCAAGAGGAAGAAAUAUCGAGACUUCCUCUUCUGUCAUCUGCCACUGAAGAACGGAGACGUGCUGAGAACUCCCAGGUUUCCAGACAUCCAGAAAUGCGCGUGGGCCAGGAUUUAAGUUUAAAGUUGCGUUCCCCUCAGAUUGUUCAGACAAAAACUGAAAGACUGGAAGUAGAUCUGAAGAGAGCGAGGGGCCAGAGUUAUAUGAAGACAAUGGAAAUAUCAAAACUUCUGGCAGAAAAAGAGGAGCUGGAACUAAAAAUUCAGGAGCUUACAAAUAAAAAUAUACAAUUGGCCAAAGAAAAAGAAAAACUUUGUGAACAGUAUGAAGAAAAGCUGAGCAGGAAAAAUCAUUCAGAUGAGUCUGGGCAGCUGGAAAAACUCAGACGAGAGAAUGAGAGUCUCAGCUGCAAGGUGCAGAAACACGCUGAAGAAAAAGCAGAGCUCCUACGAGAAAAUAAUGACCUCAAAGACGAACUUUAUCGAAAGACAACACUGAUGUCAUUAAUGACAUUAGAAAACAAAGAGCUCCAAAAUAAGGCCGAGAUGGUGACAUUCAAAAAUCUUGAACUGACGGAUGAGAAAGAGGAGCUCUGCAGAGAGUAUGAAGAAAGACUGUGGAGAGAGACACAACUGAGGAAGGGCUGCUGCACCUUAUUGAUGGGCAGAGACCGGAUGGACCAGAGACCUGGCAGCAGUGAGUGCAAAAGAGGCGCUGUGAGUGUCUGCCAAACAAAUGCAGAUGUUGCAGAAAACAAGACAGAAGCGCAACAAGAUAAAAUGAAGCCUCAAAUGGAAUAUAAAUUAAAUGAGAAAUGGCUGAAAGCUUCAGUGGACAACCUCAAAAUAAAAAAACCGAAGGAACCCGGGCCAAAUAUCCUGAGGUGGCUUCAGCAAUCGCUGAAAGUCCUGAAAGAGGAUUCCUCUGAACAGUACACCCUGCCAGAAUGGCUUAAAGCAUCCAUCAGCAACCUCCCGAAGGAAUGUGCUGAGGCAUCCAGGGAGGAUGUGAAUGGUUGGCUAGAAGGAUCGAUAAAUCAUCUCCAAGAAGAAGGGCCAGAAACCUGUGAUUUAGAUGUGCAGGGAUGGCUUGAAGCAUCUAUUAUAGGCAUUCAACACCUACUAAAGUCCAAAUCAAAGUUUCGACGAAGCCAAAUAAAAGGGAUGGCUUGA